AUGGCACUAGCCUUUCCUGACACGGACAACAGAUCAACUCCAUGGCCUAUAGUUGAUACUCCAACUAUAGCCGAAACCGAUUUUGGUUCACUCUCGGAGGGUUAUGGUCCUCCACUUUUCAUCUGUUUUUAUAACGAUGUUUGCGGAAAUAACGUCUCACGAAUAGGAGAUUUCUAUGAUGUCCCUCUCAGCGAAGCUGUAAAAGCAUUGAAUGCUCAACCACAUUACGUUCAUACUAAUAACUUAACUCGUCAGAUUCGAUUCUUGUCGCGAAGAAGACCAUCCGGAUUUUUGCUACUACUUCUAUUUCGUUGUAAAAUAGGCUGUGACUCAUCUGGAUGGAAGCGUUGUGCACUUCUGAUGGUUGAUUACAAAUUUGCUGAAAAUAUUGUAGAAAACAUCGAAGAGGAGGCAAACAGUGUUUUCGGGUUACUCAAAAUUUGGUUAGAGAGAUGUUGGCGUUACUUGAGGUGCCUUCGAAUAUUCGCAUUCGUUCGACUAGAUUUCGAGUUCUCGUGUCUCGUAUCGAAUUGUUCAUCUUUGACUCAUCUCUCCUUGUCCAGGUUCACCUGUAUUGUUGAACAUCCUGUGUUCAAUUUGAUUCAAUCUUUCGAGUUCAACGGAUGUGGGAUGGGUUAUACGGAUCUUGACUUGGCACUCGCGAAGCACUUGGUGAAGUAUUUCCCUUUCGUGAAAACAGUAGCAUUUCGUGAAGUGUGCUUCGAUCCUGUGGUGACGUCAGUGAUUAAGCAUUUAGCACAGACGGGGAAACGAUACGAUUUCUAUCAGAUCAUUUCUUUACAACAGUUUUCAACCUUGGUGAAGUCGGCUUUCACCGUAAGACCAGUCAAAGAUAAUUGCGUGGAACUGGUGAGCGAGAGAUAUGGUACUCGUCUGUUUGUUUAUGAUAAUCACCGAGUUUUUCGCACUCCUUCAUAG